AUGCCGAAAAAUAGGGGAAGUCGAGGUGGUUCAUUUCGAGGAAGAGGACGCGGCGGUAGCCGGGGAGGUGGCGGUAGCAGCCGCAACAACAAUCGUGGACGUGGACGUGGCGGUGGCGGUCGUGGUCGUGGUCGUAAGCUUUAUCCGACGUCACUAGGUUAUGUUUACAAGGUAGAAAACGAUUACGAUCCAGAAAGCAGUGAAGGCGAUCUGGAAGACGAUUUUCCAGUUUUUGGCCAGUUUGGUGCUGUGGACGAUCCCAAAUACGAUCCUGAUAUUGAGCUGCUUACUGCCAAAGGCAAGUUUAGCCAAGCAAAGACGACAAAACAACGUAAAGUGCUUGAUCAUCGAGCAUUAUUGAAUGCACAAGGCAGCGAUUCCGAAGAGGAAGUGAUCCGCAGUAGCUCAAGCCGCAGCAAUAGCAAAAUAACAUAUACAAAGGCUGUCACUUUUACACGAUCCUCCAGCGUUCUGAAUGACGACAGCAACAACGAAAAAGAAGUGUCACCAGCCAUGGCCCCAGAAACAACGGCAACCACAGCAGAAACACAAGAGAAAAUGAUUAUAGAAAAAACGGACGAGUCUUCGAGCUUGUACCUUGACUCGAAUCCAAGCGAUAUUGUCAUUGACGAAAUUGUGGACAGCGAGGCGCACUCUCAACAAGACGACGGCGUUCCUGUUCUUGGAUUUUACUUUGAUUCAAAUCCUGGCCCAGUUGCAGCUGUCUCCAAUGAUGAUGAUCAUCAUCAUCGUUAUAACAACAACCAAGCUGCUGGUAAAACCAACAAUAACGGCAAAGGCAAAAAGCGACAGCAACGCAAAAUUAUCCCAGGCGACGAUAUUUAUUUGGGAACAUCAUCAUCAUCCGACGACGUCGACGACGACGAAGAAGAGCACGGCCACAAGGCGGAUAACAUCAUUCACCUUGACAAAAGUAAAGGUCGUCGCACAAACAACCGUCGAAAAGACAUGGACGACGAAGAUGAUAUUGCCAUUAUGCGAGAUUAUAUGGAAAACGUCGGUUUGAAUGACGACGAUGACGAGGAAGAAGGUUUGGAAGCAUUACGGGCGUUUGCCAAUGGUACAGACCCCGCAGCACAAAAUUAUCCAGAGAUAUACGAGCUGAGCGACUCUGACGAAAACGUCAUUGAAGUACCCCCUGAUUCGGACGAGGAGGACGACUUUGACACUGUUGGAAACGGGGCUUUUGAUCAUCAGAGUGACGAUGAAUCAGUGCAAGAGAUUUCGGAAAAGGACUUUCGAUACGCCCUGGAACAAUCAUUGGAUCAAGUUCCACCUAGCUUGCAGACGGGUAUUCGAAACCGGUUAGAACGUCAAAGUAAACGAGACAAAAAGCUGGAGAAAAAGCAAAAGCAAUUGGACAAGCGUGCAACAAAGAAUGCCAAACGGGAAUAUGAAGGCAACAAUGUACAAUUACGCAAACUUGACAAGCGUAUAAGGAUGUUCAUUAUGGACGAUCAAUUGUCUAGUUAUCAAGUGGCGCCAAUGAGCAAAUUCUGUCGUCGACAACUCCACCUGCUUGCUACAGCCUACAAGCUUAAAUCCCAUAGUUUUGGAACAGGCGCUCAAAGAACGCCAGUUCUGCAAAAGACGCGAGAUACCUUUUUGCCAGCGGAUCGUAGAUACAUUGAACGAUUUCUGGACGAAGCACAAUCAACGAUCGAUGCACAAUCCAGUAUCCUGCGGAAACAUCGCAUCGAUAAUGGACCCACAUACAAUAAGCCCAACAAAAAGGGCAAGCAUCAUGGCGGCAAAAAGGAUAAAAAGAGCAAGCCAAUGGCAGCCAAUGCUGGCCCUUCAGUCAAUACCGUGGUUGGCGCAGAUGUUGGACCUAUUGGAGAAACCAAUGUGGGUCAUCGUAUGCUUGCAGCAAUGGGAUGGAAACAAGGCGAUGCUUUGGGUGCCAAUAACGAAGGUAUCACGGCCCCAAUAGAAGCUGUUAUACGGCGAAAGAGACAAGGUCUUGGGUCAUAA